AAAGCAAACCGAUGAACACAGGAGUCUUCGACAAGUCCCUACAAAUAAGGGGACCUUAAAGCCCAGUGUCCUUCACAGAGGUGUAUUGGGGACAAAACUCUUUCAAGAGAACUGAUACGUCGGCUAUUGCUGUGAGUGGAGUAUUUUAAGGCGAGCUGCAUUUUGUAGGCCUGCGAGCAGAUUGCCACAGGCCUGCUGCCUCGAUUAGCGAGACUGGAAUCCAAGGCUCUCUUCGAUUGCAUUAAUUAAAACUAGCAUUCAAAUUUCGUUCCAUUUGGCGGGACAGUUCCUCUGUCAGUCUGUCAGUCAGCUGGGAGGUCUAUAGAAGUUGCACAUUGGACUCGGCGGGAGUUUUCCGUGGCAGAAAAAGCUCUUCGUUUGUGCUGUGAAUCAGCUACACACAUUACAGAGCUAGGCUUGGUGAUCUGUUCGAGUGUUUAACUGGAGUUGAAGGAAAUGGGGUGCAGUUUUUGGGUUGUGGCUCUGCUUGUAAUUGUGGGUGUUGUGGAAUGCAGUGUAGUUUAUGAUCGUAAGGCACUGGUGAUUAAUGGGCAACGGAGAAUUCUCAUGUCUGGUGACAUUCAUUAUCCCAGAAGUACCCCUGAGAUGUGGCCAGAUCUCAUUAGAAAGGCCAAGGAUGGAGGACUGGACGUGAUUCAGACUUAUGUUUUUUGGAAUGGGCACGAACCUUCUCCUGGAAAUUACUAUUUUGAGGGUAGAUUUGAUCUGGUGAAGUUUGUGAAGACAGUCCAGCAGGAAGGAUUAUAUGUCAGUCUUCGGAUUGGUCCUUAUGUCUGUGCCGAAUGGAAUUUUGGGGGCUUUCCAGUUUGGUUAAAGUUUGUCCCCGGAAUCAGCUUCAGGACGGAUAACGAGCCUUUCAAGAUGGCAAUGCAAAGUUUUACAAAGAAAAUUGUGGACUUGAUGAAAAGUGAAGGGCUCUUUGAGUCACAAGGUGGACCUAUUAUUAUGGCUCAGAUAGAAAAUGAAUACAAACCUGAUGAAGCGGUGUUUGGGCCUGCUGGGGCCUCAUACAUGAACUGGGCUGCACAGAUGGCUGUGGGAUUGGGUACGGGUGUACCCUGGGUUAUGUGCAAACAGGACGAUGCGCCAGAUCCUGUGAUAAACACUUGCAAUGGUUUCUACUGUGACAACUUUGUACCUAACAAACCCUACAAGCCAUCGUUAUGGACUGAGGCAUGGAGUGGCUGGUUUACAGAAUUUGGGGGUACUACUUCUCACAGGCCAGUCGAAGAUCUGGCCUUUGCAGUUGCUCGCUUUAUUCAGAAGGGAGGAUCCUUUGUGAACUAUUAUAUGUAUCAUGGUGGAACAAAUUUUGGCCGUACUGCAGGGGGGCCUUUUAUUACAACUAGUUAUGACUAUGAUGCACCUAUAGAUGAAUAUGGGCUUCUUAGGCAACCGAAGUGGGGGCACCUUAAGGAAUUACACAAGGCUAUAAAGCUCUGUGAGGCUGCUUUAGUUAGUGGUGAUCCUGUAGUUAAUUCUCUUGGGACUUACCAGCAAUCUUAUGUGUAUUCUGCAGGGCCUGGAAAUUGUGCUGCUUUCCUUGCAAAUUUUGAUGCCAACUCUGAUGCAACAGUUGUUUUCAACAAUCGGCACUAUCACAUCCCAGCUUGGUCUGUUAGCAUUCUCCCUGACUGCACAAAUUCAGUGUUCAAUACUGCCAAGGUCACUGUCCAAACAUCUCAAAUGAAAAUGUCACCCGUCAAGGGAUUUGCUUGGGAAUCAUUCCAGGAAUAUGUUGCCUCCAAUGCAGAUAGCUCUCUCACUGCAGUAGGUUUGCUGGAGCAGGUAAACACUACAAGAGAUAAUACCGACUACCUGUGGUACACUACAAGUGUUGAAGUUGGUGAGGAUGAGCCCUUUAUAAAGAAUGGUGGCCUUUCAGUUCUUUCUGUAGAUUCAGUACGUGAUGCAUUGCAUGUUUUCAUCAAUGGAGAGUUUGCAGGCUCUCAAUUUGGAAGUAAGGAAAACCCAAAAGUGAGAUAUUCAUCUGGUGUGAAGCUUAGGGUUGGAACAAACAUAAUUGCACUCUUGAGUAUGACAGUUGGUUUACAGAACAUUGGACCCCAUUUUGAAUCUUGGAAUACAGGGAUUCUUGGUCCAAUUACACUUAGUGGCUUUAAGGAGGGAACACGGGACUUGUCAAUACAAAAGUGGUCUUACCAGGUUGGUUUGAAAGGUGAAUCGAUGGAUCUCCAUACAAUAGAUGGGCAUUCCUCUGUUGAAUGGAUGAAAGGAGUAGUUGUCCCUCAGAGACAGCCACUAACAUGGUACAAGGCAACAUUUGAUGCACCAGCUGGUGAAGAUCCAGUAGGAUUGGAUUUGAGCGUGAUGGGGAAAGGCCAAGCUUGGGUAAAUGGUCAGAGUAUUGGACGGUACUGGCCUUCUUAUCAUGUCAAUGGUGUCUGCUCAGAUGGAUGCAACUAUCAAGGAACCUUCCGUCCAAAGAAAUGUGCUGAAAAUUGUGGCCAGCUUUCUCAACGCUGGUAUCAUAUUCCUCGAUCCUGGCUGCAACCAACUGGAAAUCUGUUGGUGGUUUUUGAAGAAAUAGGAGGUGACAUUUCAGGGGCUUCACUUGUCACAAGAUCUGUAAACAGCGUUUGUGCUCAUAUGGCUGAAUCACAUGCUCAAUCUAUUAAUUAUUGGCGCCUUGAGAGUACUGACAGAGUGCAGAAAUUACACAUACCAAGACUUCAUCUCCAGUGUGAUGCAGGACAACAAAUAUCUGCCAUUAAGUUUGCAAGUUUUGGAACUCCCCAGGGAGAAUGUGGAAGUUUCCAGCAAGGGUCUUGCCAUUCUCCAAAUUCAUAUGCAACAAUACAGAAGAAAUGCUUGGGACAGCAAAAGUGCUCCUUAAAUGUUUCUCAUAAAAUGUUCGGUGGAGAUCCAUGUCCAGGGACUUUGAAACAUGUGGCAAUUGAAGCCGUUUGUAGUUAGUGGAGAUUUGAGGACCAGAUAAUGGUCCAAAAAUUAUUUAUUCUUAUGGAAUAUUUUUUCUCCUCUAUGUUCCUUUGCCAAGCAUAAAUCUAUAGUUUUGUACACAUACAAGCUUUGAAGGUCAAGCUUUCCGCCAUCUAAGGUGAAGAGCACAUAGCGUUCAGAAAAGUCUCAGAUUGUAAUUCUGAAAGUGUCAAUUAUGAAGAAAAGUCUCAGAUUGUAAUUCUUGAAGUGUCAAUUAUGAGAAAAAAUCUCAGAUUGUAAUUCUGAAAGUGUCAAUUAUGAAUAAAGCGCUCAGCUGUUUAUAAAUGGGUUAAACAGUUUGGCGGUGUGCUUUCUUUGUACAAUAUUUAUUGAUGCAGGUUUAAUAGAUCGCUUGUCUGUUUUAUAGUUA